AUGAAAUUACCCGGGUACUUAGUGUACUGCGUGGUUAUCUCUUGCCUUGGUUCAUUCAGUAACGGUUGGGUUAUUGGUUCUGCCAAUGUUCCUGGCCAAGUCACUCACGCCUGUGAAAACGGUGCUUCCCAUAUUGCUAACAGUGCUUUUCCUGAUUGUUUACCAAUGAAUGACGCCCUUUGGGGUUUUGCUGUUGCUUCUUUCUGUGUCGGUGGUCUCUUUGGUGGUUUCUUUGGUGGUGCCAUCCAAACUAAAUUCGGUCGUAAGAAGACUAUCAUCUUCAACAAUAUUGGUUGGAUUAUUGGUGCUAUUUUGAUUGGUGCCUCUGUUUCUCCUGCUAUGUUCAUUAUUGGUCGUAUCUUCUGUGGCCUUUCUUGUGGUCUUGGUUCUCUUGCUACUCCUACUUAUGUCGGUGAAAUCUCAACUGUCAAGGCUCGUGGUAUGAUGGGUACCUGUAACCAAUUUGCUGUUGUCAUCGGUAUUUUGCUUGCUUCUGUUAUUGGUCUUCCUUUGGCCUAUGUUCCUCUCUGGAGAAUCAACUUUGCCAUUGUUGCUAUUCCUGCCAUUGCUCAAUUCUUUUUGAUGGCUGGUUGUGUUGAAUCUCCUAGAUACCUCAUCUCUCAAAACCGCCUCGAAGAAGCUCGUAUCAACCUUCAAAAACUUCGUCCUAAUGCUGACAUUGAACAAGAAUUCUACGAACAAGUUGAAGGUAUUCUCGGAAGAUCUGCUGCUGAAGCCGUUACCAACACUGCCAACAUCAAGGCUACUCAAGAAAAAGAUGGAAAAGAAGCCUUUGCCAACGAAAGCCUCGAAGAUGGUAUUGUUCCUGCUGAAGAUACUACCCAACGUGCCAACAUGAACAUGAUUCAAAUCUUUGCUGACCCCAUUAUGCGUAAGAUUUCUCUUACUGUUCUCUGCCUCCACGUUAUUCAACAAUUGAUUGGUAUGAACGCUGUCAUGUAUUACUCCACCUCUAUCUUCUUGAUGUCUUUUGAUGCUGACAUGGCCAAGUACAUGGCCAUCGUUACCACUGUUGUCAAUUUUGUGUCCACCAUUGCCUCCUUGUUCUUGAUUGAUCGCAUGGGUCGUCGUAUCCUUCUUUUGAUUGCUGAAGCUGGUGCUUGUAUUUUCUCUGUUCUUUUGGUCAUUGGUUACGUUUACAAGGUCGGUCCUCUCUUGAUCGUGUCCGUCUUUGGCUAUGUUCUUUCCUUUGCCGUUGGCGUUGGACCUAUUCCUUGGAUGAUGACUUCAGAAAUGUCUCCUGUCUACGCCUCUUCUGCCGUUGGUUCUUGUGCUACUGCCAUGAACUGGGCCAUGAACUUCUUGAUCGGUCAAUGUUUCCCUGUUAUCUUCGCUAGAAUUCAAGGUUACUCUUUUGCUAUCUUUGCUGCUAUUGCUGCUAUGGCCUUUGUCUUUACUUAUGUCUUUGUUCCUGAAACCAAGAACCGUUCUAUUGAAUCCAUUGUCAAGUCCUUUGAAAAAUAA